AUGCCAUCGGUUCGGUAUACGCUGCAGAUUCACCUGCUGCUCUCGAUUCUGCUCCUAACAUCCGGACAAAGGUUGCCGCCGGGUCGGGUGCCAGCUCCGCCGCGCCAGGAUCUGCAGACGCCCAACUUUGAUGGCGAGAGUUUCGAGAGAUUCGGUGGUGGCGGUGCCACCGGUGGCCAGAGUAGUGAAAGCCAGGAGAGCAGUGAGGAGAAUAGUGCCGAGAUGCGGGAACAGUUGAAGCAGCUUCUGGGCGAGCAGCUGGCCAAUGCCUUUGCCCCAUUGGCCACCACGCCCUUCUCAAGGCGACCCGGAAUAAUUGCACCCAGCACGGGGGCCGAGGCACGGGCUCAGUUUGCCGAGAAUCCAGAAACCAAUGAGGAGAAUGAAGAUGGGGAUGAGGAGGAGUCCAAUGAGGAGGAACCAACACCUCAGCCCCAGCCUCAGCUACCUGGAUUUGUGCCACAGCCUCCAGCAACUGCGGAGCCAGAGGAGAACUACAAUCCCUGGCGUGAUAACUUCUACGACCUUAAUGAAGAUGGCAGCUAUAUCUUUGGUUAUGCCAUUCCCCAUGGCGUUCGUCGCUGGGAAAAGGGUUACUACUCAGAGGACCAGCAUAGCCGGGUCGUCAAAGGCUUCUACGUGCAGCCCCGUCACCUGGCCCAGGGUCUGGGCUACGAACUAAGAUGCUAUAUAGCCGAUUCCGAGGGUUAUCAUUCGCUGCCAGUGGAGUAUCUAAUACGACCGCCAAGUGUGCGACGCGAUGAAGAGCCUCAAGUUAAUUGCUUUAAUAAUCACCGAAAGCGUAUAUAG